UGCCGCGCACACUUCACUACCCUCCGCCCCCCCCCCCCCCCCCCUCCCCUCCUCUGUCUUUCUAAUUCUCAAUCUGCUUAACCAGGCUUUAGAGGCCAAGCAAAUCUGAGAUCAAUUUUCUCGUUUAGCUUUAAGUGACAUCAUCUAAAAUCAUUGUGCAAGGGCUAAAUAAGGAAACGGAGUCUAAUUCAGGGGCAAACGCCAGGCUAUAUUUAUCAAACGCCAAGCUCCAGAAAGCCUCGGCCAGGAAGCUUUGGCAGCGAAAUCCGAGAUUUCGCUGGUUGGUUCCGCCGGGCCUGGCUGGGCCGGGCUGGGCCGGGGUAGUGUCUGUGCCACCUCCUUCGCAGACCUCCUUCUUCCUCCAGGGCUCGGGGUGGCGCGCUCCCGGAAUCCCGGAGUCUCCGCGGCCCGAACCGAGUCUGGACCAUUUAGAAGACGUCAGCAGGUAACUGGCCUUCCAAAACGCCCCUGAGAAUUAAAAGCCUUGGGAGGCUUGUUAUGUGUUUGUGGUUUUGUAAAGGCAAUGCCCGUGGCAAUAGGCCUGGGAAAGUCGCACUUCCAACCACAAAGUUAAGGAGUUGGAAGGAAUAAUCGGGUGUCACACCACAAGAAACCUUGACUCGAUCGGACCCCACCCAGGAUACACACAAACGCGCGCGCGCGCACGCUUCCGAGUUUCCAUUGAGAGUCUGGAAAGAGCAUUUCUUUCUUAAGUACCUGCUCUCAGCUAGAGCUCUCCCGGAGCAUUUUAAAUACUGAAUGCCGAGCGGAGAAGGGAAACAAUUUAUUAGUUCCCACCCGGCUGCCGACCUCUACGAGUCUCCUCGAAGCAGCGCAGGCGGCAGCCUAGGUGUCUGUGCGCAACAAGGAGAGCUGCCGGCGCUGGAGUUGUGUCCACAGGUACCCUUGCGCCUCGCAAAGAGCGCGCCUAGAGACAGUUUCCACUGCAAUGCCCCCCAGCCGAGCACCCGCCGGGUGUGGCGCCUCGGCCCAAACUCCUGGGGCGGCGCGACGGUGCUGGUGGAGGUUUCAGGGAAGACUUCUGUGGCUGCUGCUCCGACCGUGCGGGUUCCCGCCGCCCAGACAAGCUCUUACAGGAGCGCGCGGGAAGCUGCGGCGCGCACCUUCCCCGGCGCAGUCCCUUGCCAGCCUGCGAUCACCCAGAGCUGGAUUCCGGAGCUAGGCGCGCACGGAGGGCUGCACAGAGUUGCAAGACGCGGCAGCUGUGAGCCGGCGUGAGGAGGCAAAGGGAGAGCGCAGAGCUGCAAGCAAAGGGCGGUGGGGCCUGGACCCUGAGGCCUGUGAGGUGUGUCCCUCCAGAUUGAGAGGCUAUGACUCAGGGCUGGACCUGAUGAAAAAAGAAGUUUAUAAGCCGAGUCACCCAGUUUCUCCAACCUUUUCUGUGCAGCAACAACAUCCAGCAAAGUUU